AUGCCCUCUGAAUCACCUAUCGUCUUUGUCGUUGGAGGAACUGGUGCACAAGGCAUCCCCGUCAUUCGGGGUCUUGUCAGGGAUGGGGCAUACAGAGUCCGAUGUCUGACACGGGAUCUGAACUCUAGAAGGGCAAAACAGCUCCUCGCCUUCGGAAACGUGGAGUUAUUGGAAGGCACCUUCGCUAGCGAGACUGACCUACGCAAAGGGUUUGGAGGUGCUCAAUACGCAUUCGUUAAUAUCGAUGGGUUCAACUCUGGCGAGAAGACGGAGAUGUUUUGGGCAAUGCGGUCCUAUGAGCUUGCUAUCGAAGCGGGUAUAAAGUUCUUCGUAUACGGAAACCUCGAUUUUGUUUACAAGAAGAGCGGGUAUGAUCCCAAAUUCCGAACAGGCCAUUACGAUGGUAAGGGCCGAAUUGGAGAAUGGAUCUUGCAACAAAAUAAGAGCCCUGAUAACUCGGCAAGAAUGGGGGCGGCGCUAUUUACGACCGGCCCAUACAUUUUGAUGACCAUCGGCUUGUUUACACCCAUGUCCCCCACAGUCGAGGACGGCGUGGUAACAUGGAGAGUACCGCUAGGCCAAGGUGCAGUUUGCCACGUCGACCUCGAUGACUGCGAACACUAUGUUCGGUGGCUUUUCGACCAUCAGGAACGCGCAAAUGGAUUAGACCUUGAAGUCGCAAUCGAUUUGAUACCCUACAAUGACUUAGCCAGAGCCUUUCAGAAAGUCUCGGGUCAUCCGGCACGGUACAUCGACACUUCCCUCGAUGACUACUGGGUUGGAGGACCGCUUGGAGAAGGCAAGACAAGUGCCGGUUACAAUUCCAACCUUAACGAUCCUGCGGCAAUGAGUCUUCGCCAAAAUUUUACCGGCUUCUGGAACAUGUGGAAAUAUUCCGGCGCUAACUGUGGAGUGAUCCAGCGAAACUUCAAGCUACUCGAUGAGAUCCACCCUCAUAGAAUUAAAUCUGCUGAGGAAUGGUUCAGGCGAGAAGAGGCUAGAGGAAAGCAGGAGGGUCUCGGAACCCUAUGGGAGCGAGUGAACAAACUUCAGGCAGUGCUGAAACUCGCCGAGGAUGGAGUGAAGGGACGUCUCUGA